AGGUCGCGUAAGCGUUUGACGUCAGCAUAACAACAACCUGUCAUGACAGCUCGUUCGGAGGAAAGAAAUAAUUCGUUCAGCUUUGAUACGAGAAUAUUUAGGAUCCGCUCCCCCCGCAUGUAAGAGCUCAUCUGUCAGUGCGUGAGAUCCAGGAGGGACCGGGCAUUCUUGGACCUGUCGGUUAGUCAGCCGAAGAGACGGGGAACAGGAUUGGGAAGCAGGGCGAGGCGGGCCCCGCGGAGCCGGCGGAGAAAAUGGCCGGCAGCCCGGAGAAGAGUUCCACCGCGCAGGAGCUGAAAGAGCAGGGGAACCGGCUGUUCCUCUGCCGCAAGUACCAGGAGGCUGCUACAUGCUACAGCAAAGCUAUCAACCGGAAUCCAUCCGUGGCAGUGUACUACACCAACAGGGCUCUCUGCCACGUGAAGCUGCAGCAGCAUGACAAGGCUCUGGCAGAUUGUAAGCAUGCGCUGGAGCUGGACAGCCAGUCGGUCAAGGCCCACUUCUUCCUGGGCCAGUGUCACCUCGAGCUGGAGAACUAUGAUGAGGCCAUCGGUAACCUGCAGAAAGCUUUUAACCUGGCAAAAGAACAGAGGCUGAAUUUUGGAGACGACAUCCCCAGUGCCUUGCGCAUUGCCAAGAAGAAACGCUGGAACAGCAUCGAGGAGAAGCGCAUCAACCAGGAGAACGAGUUGCAUGCUUACUUGACCAAGCUCAUACUGGCUGAGAAGGAAAGAGAACGAGAAGAAUACAAAGAAAAACAGGACGACAAUCAAAAUGGGGGCGAUGCUGCCAAGAUUGCAUCGAAACAUGACAAGUAUCUAAUGGACAUGGAAGAGCUCUUCUCUCAAGUGGAUGAGAAAAGAAAAAAGCGGGAGAUCCCAGAUUACCUGUGUGGGAAGAUCAGCUUUGAGCUGAUGAGAGAGCCCUGCAUCACACCCAGUGGAAUCACCUACGAUCGCAAGGACAUUGAAGAGCACCUACAGCGAGUGGGUCAUUUUGACCCUGUCACCCGGAGUCCUCUGACCCAGGACCAGCUGAUCCCUAACCUGGCCAUGAAGGAAGUCAUCGAUGCCUUUAUCCAGGAGAACGGCUGGGUGGAGGACUACUGAAGUGACCCCCGCCUCCCAUUUCUCUCAUAAUCCCCCGAAACUCAACACAGCCUGGACAACUCGAGACUUUAGAGAAUCACCCCUUGCCUCGACAUAAACUUUACACAAGCAGGAAAAGCCACACGAUGGACUACCAGAUGGGAGCCAUACAUCUUGCUCUGCCUUCCCUCCUCCUCAUCCUCCUCAUCCUCCUCUUCCUCCUCCUCCUCCCCCUCCUCCUCCUCACAUUUUAUCUUUGCUGUAAAACAUCCUGCUCUGACUCUCUUAGGCUCGGCGGUCAUGGCCUGCUGCUCCCUUUAAAAGCCCCUUUCCAUUCAGAUAUUCUCUACACUUUCUCCUUUCCUCUCAGUCAUGCUGUUUCUAGUAUUACAAGCCUGACUCCUUUCUACACAAAACAAGGGGCCAUGUUCUCAGGUCUCCUCCUGCUCCCUCUCUGUCCCUCUCUUUCUCUGAGUGCCACAAUCCUGGGAAAGCAUCAGCAUUGCACACCAGUGUUUCAAAGAACCCACCAAUUUACAAACAAUUACACUUUGGUGGCAGAAUUAAUUCAAACAUUGGCCUUUUAUUUGGCGUUUACUCCUGUAUUUCGUAGUCGUUUUUUUUUUCUUUUAAGAACGGAGCAUUUGCCGAAGUGGUUACUGAAAUGCCAAAACUCUAUUCUCAACAAGGGUGACUAGUUUGUAUGCAAGUUUUACACAAUGAUAAUUUAAUAAUUAGUCAAUGGUAAGUUUGUCACUGAGUAUUUUAACCCGUUGUGAGUUAUUUGGCAUGACUGUGGCGCUCCAUGUCGCCAUUCUGUAAGACUUUCCAUACAUUUUAUAAUUAUUUUUUUUCAAUCAUCAAACCCCCAUUACAGACAAUUGAAAUAAGUUGAAUGUAUGCAAAGUUUACUCUUUAGGUUUGACCUACAGUAAUUCAAGAUGUUUCUUACCAGGACAAUGUAAGGUUUCCAUGAAAAAAAAAAAAGCCUUGAAAUGGACAAUGGAAAUGAAUGCUGCAUACGAAAAAAAAAAAAAAAAGUUUUAACGUUGCUGGAUAAUUGUUGAAAAUGUUUGAAUUUCGAUAGAUGACGUGAGCUGUUCGGGCUGAAGCUCAAAUCUGCGUCGAAGAAUGGUCUGUGCUGUCUGUGUCGUUCAUAGAAACAAAAUCCUGUGCUCGGACGUUGUGUUUGGCUUUUGCUGUCUGCCUGGAAUGUCAGUGUGUGGCCGCUUUCCUCAUGCAUGAAGUGAAUUUUCUUUUUCCUUUUUGCAAAAACAGAAGAGGGCGGCUGUCACUUCCUUCGCCUUUUUUUGCUGUUAAUUUGAUGCACCUUCUCCUCCCAGUGUCCCAGUUGUAAACGACGAUGGUUGCAUCGGCUCAUGUGAACCAGUCGUCGGUGUGAAACUAACUUUUUAAGUUGGUGAAAAUCCUGUUACGAGGAUUUCACUGGAAUUGCUGUACCAACCUCCUCUGUGUUAGACAUGCUGGAAGAGUUACGACCAUCUUGAUCUCGUCCAUACCUCAGUCCCAUCCUCUUAGUUUACAGGUUGUUCUGCUGAAUGUGUGUCCGUGGUGAGUUAGGCCUGUCGGUGGGUUGUGUUCAGGUGCAGGCAGUGUAAAUAAUUUGCUUGUGUAUCUCAGAUUUUAUUUCUUUACUAUAUAAGGUUCUUCUUCUUUUUUUCUCUUGAGAAAUCCUAUAGAGCUUGAGAAACUGUAUUAAAUGUAGAUAUGUUGAUAACAUAAAUGCCUGGUUCUGUUUUCAUUUGUCCAAAUUAAGUUUCUCAUUAAAGAGAUACCAAGUAUGAUGCUCAUUGGAAUCAAAUCUCUUACAUAUCAUUUUCUUGCAGCACAAUUAAGAACACCAGCCCCUCAAUAAAUUCUCAUUUUGGUAAAUUUACAAUGUUGCUUUUCAAAUCUCAGACAUCUGACGUGACUUGUUUGAGUCCAUAGUUUGGUACAAACAAGUCUCAUUUUAUCAAGGAUGAUUCAGUUUUGCUGCAUUAGGCAUUUCUCCAUGUUUCUUCCUGCCCCAUUAUAUCAUUUUGACCCGUGUCUGCUGUUGAGGCAGCAAAAAAUCAACCACCCUCAUACUGUGUGUUAAAGCUGCAAUGUUUCUUUUGAAAUCUCAAGUUUUGUCUUUCAGAUCUGCACUAAAGCAGACUUUAACUGUCCUAGCUGAGCCUGUAACUGAAUAAAUCAGUCAGAAUGA